GCUCCGCCUUGCCGGGCUACGCAGGCGGUAGGGCUGCGGUAGGGGCCGGGCGGCACCAUGGCGGCGGCAGCGCCUGCUGCGGCGGCUUCUCCCGAGGCGCCGGCCGUCACGGGCACCGCAGAACCCGAGACGGGAGACGAGGACAGUCGUGAGGUCCGAGUGCUGCAGAGCCUGCGCGGCAGGAUCUAUGAAGCAAAAAAUUUAUUGCCAUAUCUUGGACCCAACAAAAUGCGAGAUUGUUUCUGCACUAUAAAUUUGGACCAGGAAGAAGUUUAUCGCACCCAGGUUGUUGAAAAGUCUUUAAGUCCAUACUUCAGUGAAGAAUUUUAUUUUGAGAUUCCAAGAACUUUCCAGUAUUUGUCUUUUUAUGUUUAUGAUAAAAAUGUUUUACAAAGAGAUCUUCGUAUAGGAAAAGUAGCCAUCAAAAAAGAAGACUUGUGCAGUCACAGUGGUAAAGAAACUUGGUUUUCACUGCAGCCUAUUGACUCAAAUUCAGAAGUUCAGGGAAAAGUUCACCUUGAAUUAAAACUGAAUGAACUGAUAACAGAGAAUGGGACCGUGUGCCAGCAGCUUGUUGUACACAUCAAGGCCUGCCAUGGGCUGCCUCUCAUCAAUGGACAAAGCUGUGACCCUUAUGCAACAGUUUCCCUCGUGGGCCCCUCCAGGAAUGACCAAAAGAAGACAAAAGUAAAGAAGAAAACAAGCAAUCCGCAGUUCAAUGAAAUCUUCUAUUUUGAGGUAACCAGAUCCAGCAGUUACACCAGGAAGUCCCAGUUCCAGGUGGAGGAAGAGGACAUUGAGAAGCUGGAGAUCAGGAUUGACUUGUGGAAUAAUGAAAACCUGGUCCAAGAUGUUUUCCUGGGAGAGAUUAAGGUUCCAGUCAAUGUGUUAAGAAAUGAUUCCUCUCAUCAAGCCUGGUACUUGCUACAACCAAGAGACAAUGGAAACAAGUCAUCUAAAACUGAUGACCUGGGAUCUCUUCUAUUAACUCUGUGUUAUACAGAAGACUAUGUGCUUCCAUCAGAGUACUAUGGACCGUUGAAAACCUUGCUGCUAAAAUCACCAGAUGUUCAGCCAGUAUCCGCCUCAGCUGCUUAUAUUUUGGGUGAAAUAUGUCAAGAUCAGAAGGAUGCUGUUUUGCCCCUUGUACGACUGUUGCUGCAUCACAAUAAGCUUGUUCCCUUUAUCACUGCGGUGGCUGAACUGGACUUGAAGGAUACUCAAGAUGCCAACGCAAUAUUUAGAGGAAACUCCCUGGCUACCCAGUGUCUGACUGAGAUGAUGAAGAUAGUGGGAGGGCACUACCUGAAAGUCACAUUGAAGCCCGUUCUAGAUGAGAUAUGUGAAUCCUCGAAAUCCUGUGAAAUCGAUCCUGUUAAGUUGAAAGAGGGUGAUAAUGUAGAGAGUAAUAAGGAGAAUCUGUACUACUAUGUGGACAAAGUAUUCAAUACGAUUGUAGGAUCAAGUGUGAGCUGCCCCACUGUGAUGUGCGAUGCUUUUUAUUCUCUGAGACAGACGGCUGCUAAGAGAUUUCCUAAUAACCCUCAUGCUCAGUACUCUGCAGUGAGCAGCUUUGUGUUUCUUCGUUUCUUUACUGUAGCGAUCCUCUCACCUCAUGCUUUUCAUUUGCGACCUCAUUAUCCAGAUACACAGACAGUUAGGACAUUAACUCUCAUCUCAAAAACCAUUCAGAUGAUUGGAAACUGGGGAUGUCAAUCCAGAAGAAAGUCACGGUUCAAAAAGUCAGUCAUGUGUGAAUUUCUCAAAAUGUUUCAAGAAGAAAGAUAUUUUACAGACAUGAAAAAGUUCUUGGAUGAAAUUUCAUCUACGGAAACUAAAGAGUCCAGUGGUACGAGUGAGCCUGUGCACCUGAAAGAAGGUGAGAUGUAUAAAAGAGCUCAAGGAAGAACCCGUAUUGGAAAAAAGAACUUCAAGAAACGAUGGUUCUGCUUGACAAGCAAAGAGCUCACCUACCACAAACAGCAAGGCAAAGAUGCAAUUUACACUAUUCCAGUAAAAAAUAUUCUUGCUGUAGAAAAACUAGAAGAAAGCUCUUUCAACAAGAAAAAUAUGUUCCAAGUGAUACAUACAGAGAAAACACUGUACAUCCAAGCAAAUAACUGCGUGGAAGCCAAUGAGUGGAUCGACGUGCUGUGCAGGAUGAGCAGGUGCAACCACAACAGGCUCAGCUCUUUCCACCCGUCCGCGUAUCUCAAUGGAAACUGGCUCUGCUGCCAGGAGACGAGCGAAAGCACACCGGGCUGCAAGCCGUGCACUGCAGGCAUCCCUGCAGACAUCCAGAUAGAUAUCGAUGAAGACAGAGAAACAGAAAGAAUUUAUUCCAUUUUUACCCUCAGUUUACUUAAACUGCAGAAAAUGGAAGAGGCUUGCGGGACUAUAGCUGUGUAUCAGGGGCCACAGAAAGAACCUGGUUAUUCUAAGUUCACCAUUGAGGACUCUGUCGCAACCUUUAAGACAAUUCAGCAAAUAAAAAGCACCAUAGAGAAGCUGGAUGAACUGCAUGAGAAAUACAGAAAGAAAAGAUCAAGUAGUGCGAAGUAUGGAAGCAAGGAAAAUCCAAUUGUGGGGAAAAUAUCAUAGUUUGACCAACUGAUGGAGAACUGGAAAAUGCUCUUUUUUCAUCAAGUUCAUCAGUUCACGAGAUUUUGUUCAUAGUGUGUAAAAGCAGACAUUGGCUGUGAUGACGCCUGCUCUCACAGUGUAUUUAAUAUUUAAUGAUUGAAGUUAACUGUUGGAGGAUCCUGAUCCUGGUGUGGUUAUUACUAAAGAAUUUGAAACCCAAGAUUUCCUUCAUAUUCAUGCAUCCAAAUCCAUGUCUUUCCAACUUCCUUCUAAUAGAAAAGAUCUUUGUAAGGGCGCUUGCCAAGAAGCUUUGUGGUAGGGAGCACCUGAUAAUAAGAAGCCAUCUCUGCGUGUAGCACUCCUGUCACUCACUGCCGUUAGUGCCUGCUCUGUGCUGCCAACAUUGACUUUACUACAGAAUUCCAGUUCCUUGUCAGGUCAGAACUUUCCAUUAAGUUCAUCUGGACCUUCAAACUUUAAAAAAGAAAAAAAGAAAAAAAAAAAAAAGAAGAAGAAAACCUUUUUCUCUGUUGUGUUAGCCAUUACAGGUUAGAGACAGACACAAAGAUGUCUGAACACCUUUGAGAGUUGGUGGGUGUCUGGCCUGGUCACAGGUGUGAGUGUGCUCAGCUGUCAGGGAAUGUGUGCUCCUGUGUGCACCAUGUUUACAUUAUAAUGAGUGAUGGUGCAUGCAACAGUGGACGACUAAAGUGUUCUCCAUUGUUCAGCUAUCGGGUACUCUUUUUUAAAAAAAGAUUUAUUUUUAUUUAUAUGAGUACACUAUAGCUGUCUUCAGACACACCUGAAGAGUACAUCAGACCCCAUUACAGAUGGUUGUGGGCCACCAUGUGGUUGCUGGGAAUUGAACUCAGGACCUCUGGAAUAGCAGCCAGUGCUCUUAAUCGCUGAGCCAUCUCUCCAGCCCCAGUACUCUCUUUACUCUCUUUCUUAAUUAGAGAAUUCAGUUUAGCACUCCCCCUGAGGGCAUCUCUUCCCAACCAGAAGAGAAGCACUGAGUCAGGAGAUGGCUUGACGUUGCCUUCUGUCCCACAUCAUAGCAAGGGUGUAUAAGGACACCACCACCCCCUUAGUGUUGGGUCCUGCUCUAACUCGAGAAUGGUCACUUGGCGCACUUUAAUAAUCUGGCACAUUCCAGAUUGUAGUUUGGAUACUCCAAAGUAUCUAUCUUUUGAUCAGUUGAAUGAUCAGUGUUUAAAUAUUGAACAGUGCUUUCCUGAAAAUGUUGAUAUUGUAUUGCUGUUUCCUUAUUGCCUGCUAGCCAAAGGGAAUUAGGGGCAGCACCUGUUGGAAUACCUGUUUUUCUUUACUCUACUUUGGUCCUAAAAACCCUAACUGUAAAUAAGCAGUUGAAGCCAGUGCUCCCUGAGGAGGAGUGACACACUUGGCUUCAUCAGUAUUAAAAACUAUGGUACUUACUUGUCUUUUUUAAUUAAAACCAUUUUCUGAGUGUGGUACUUUGAACCUUGGGGUAUUUACAUAUGUUCCUGUUGAAAACUGUGACUCCUGGUGUAAGUCUGACUAGCUGUGACCUUCUGGUUCGCUGAGCUUAAGCUGUAUUUCAGAAUAUAUUCACCAAUAAUGCUGUUGCUGGGUAAUUAUUUUUACUUCGUCAAUAGGUAUUUUAAAGACAGAAAUUUGUCUUUUAACAGAGAAUUGUCCCAUUAAAAAUCAUGACUGAAAAGUGUAUUUUUUUUAAAUGACUUUUAAGUCAGUACUGGCCUGCACUGUGCUAGGUUGUGACUCCUGGUCUAUACUAAAGUUUAAAAGAGUGCUUUAAAUCUGACAAACAUAUAGAUCUAAUUAACUAUACUGUUACAGGGUGGUUUGUUUUUUUUUUUAAGAGAUUAGCCAUUUGAUAAAUUUAUCAUGAACCUUGUAUUAAAAUGCCUACUUAGAUUCUCCAAAAUGUCUACCUGAAAAGGACGAGAGCCAGGGACGUAAAGAGUUCAAGAGUCUUGAGUGGUUUCCAAUCAUCUGUGGGCUGUUUCGUCUGGGUUUUCUCCCCUCCCCGACCCCCAAAGAAGGGUGAUCUCCUAAUGGUUUCUUCUUGUUCUGAGACAGUCUCACUACCUAGCCCUGGCUGGCCGAGAACUCAUAGAAAUUCAUCUGCCUCUGCCUCUGGGUGCUGGGAUUGAAUGUGUACACCACCAUAUCCAACUCACCUAACAUUUCUAAUAUCAAACUCCAAACACAAAUAUUUUUAAUGAUCAUAAGGUCAAAGGGGCCAGAGCUGUAUACAUGUAUAACUCUGAGAGCUCGGUAUUCUAGUUCUCUUAUUCAUAUGACCCUUUAAACAGCCAGCUUGACUGGAAUUAAUUAGCCACCUUGACACAGUGUAAAAGAGAAAUGCAAAACUAAUUUUCUUUAGAUGAAGUCUUUUCCAAUCAGAAAGUAUGUUCCCAGGACCCUAAGACAGUCAGCGCCUUCUAGGGCUUCCCCUGUGCUGUGCUCUUGUGUACUUUGAGGCUUAGCUCUGUGGUCUCCUUUCUCUGCCUUGUACAAAGCAUUUGAAAACAUACAUAUCUCAGAAGAUGAUGGGGGAGACGGGAGACUCAGCACAGACACGCACUGGCUCUGACUCCUGGUGGAGCUGUGUCCAUCUGUUGAGAUUGUACUGAUCUGUUGUGUACUUUGUUUAGCUGUGUUUUAAAUCAUCAUCUGAUAAGACACUGGGCAACGGCAAAGGUUUUUUUACUCCCAGGAAUAUAACUUAUCAAAUCAAACUCUUUUGUUUACCAAAGAAUUACGUUUUUAGUAUCACGGGUAAUAACUAAGCAUCAAAACUGGGUUCUUACUUUACCAACAGAAAACAUCAUGUGACAGAUGGCUGGGGUUUGUUUGUGUUUCCAAGGCCUGAUUGCAUUCUUUUACCGGAAAAAUUCAUUCAAGCUAGGUUUUUAAAAACAGAUUUCUUUUAAGUGGACGCACCUUCUAAAUUGCUUUAAAUACUCUUGAGUAGCCUAUAAAGGUGGGCUCAGCAGAGCUUUCUAGUGUCCUCACCUAUGUGACAAAUGCAAAACUCAUUCUAGAGUUACAUGACUGAUCUUGGUUGUUGUUAUCUGCUUUCAGUUUUAACUUGGGAAUUAAUAUGUUGUUAGUAAAUACUGGUUUUUACAGUGUCUAGUUUGAAAAUGUAAGUUAUCAGAACGUAAUAUAGUGAAUCUGUGUAACCAUGUUGUAUUGUUGAGAAUGUAUUUUUAUUUAAAUUUUAUUUUCUUAUGAAGAGUAUUAUAAAAAUUAAAAGCUUUUGUAACUGUCAUUUGAAAAUAACUCAAAUAAAGUACAAGAAGCCUA